CUAGCCACUUCAGUGACAGAUGCCCGAGUCGGGGUUUGCAGGGAGGUCGCAGAGCUGGCACAAGACUGCUUCGGGCCUCGCGGGAGGCUCAAGGCCCUCCAAGCGGCGCCCAACACCCCGGCGAGCGUCCUCACCUCCACCAGCGGGCCGCUCUUCCAGGGCAUCCGGGCGGAGAGUGCCUUCCAGCAGCUGUUGUUUAACGGCACGGCGGUGGCGCAGCACGCCGAGUUCGGAGACGGCGGCCUCCUCAGCAUCACCCUAGCGGCCAAGCUGAUUCAGGCGGUGCUCGGAAGCACCCGGUCGCGGAGGGAGCUGUAUGAGGCUUGCGCAACGCUGGAGCUCAUCGGCGACAGGUGCGCAGUUGCGGUGCGCGUUGUUUGGAGCGGGGUUGCAGGACAUAAUACAGCUACAGCUUAUACGCCUCCAAGUACGGUAUGGGCUUUGCGCAAGUCAGUUGCCGGGUGCCACACAGGCUGCUGGACGCGCUGUCCUCCGGCGCGGAGGGCCUGGAGCGCAUUGACUGCACCUCCCUGCGGCAGUACCUGGCACUCAGCCGCGGCGUGCUGGCGCCCAAGCUGAGCCGCGUAUUGGACGCCGAGGAGCUUGAGCACCUGGUGUUGGUGGUCACAGAGGCGUUCGUCAACUCGCUGCCCAGCCAGCCUGCCGACGGGGCCGCAGGCAACCUGGCUGCUGCCGCCCGUGCGUCGGUGCAUUGCCUGCGCGGUGCAGCAGUCAAAGACAGCUGUGUGCUUCCGGGCGUGGUGCUGCAAGGCGCUGACCUGCCGGCAGAGGCCCUGGACCUACUCGGCUUGGAGGCAGGGGCCCAGGGUGGGGAGUCCGUGACCGUGGAGGUCGGGGUGCUGCUGCUGGCGUGCAGCCUGGACACGCACAGCAACCAGUACAACAGCGCGGACGUGGGGGGCGGCGCGUGCGCCGCACCCGCGCGGGGCGUGCCCCUGGUUAUGGAGCAGCGCGAUGAGCUUGCGCCAGGCGAGGCGGAAGACGCCGAGCUGGCAGGACUGAUAGCGAACUUGGAGGCGCUGCUGGAGCCGAGGCGCAACAUCCGGCUGGUGGCCUGUCAGAAGGGGAUCCACCCAGCGCUGCAGGAGUGGCUGCUGGCACAGGGAGUGGUUCCGUGCCAACGGCUGGGUGCGGCGCGGCUGUCGGCGCUCGCCCUCCUGGCUGGGUGCGCCCCUCUGGAAACGCUUACGGGGCCUCCAGAGCAUACCGCAGUGGACACCGGCUUCAGCCGCAUGCAGCUCAACUCCAGGGUCGUGGAUGGGCAUAACCUCCUGCAGCUGCGGUCAGGCGGUGGCGCUCUGCCGACAAGCAGCUCGAGUGUUGCACUGCUGCUGGGGUGCGCAUCGGACGCGCUGGCUGACCACCUGCGGCCGGCGGCGGAGGCAGCUCUCAAACUCCUGCGAGGGACAAUGGAGCAGGACUCGACAGCGCUCGCGGGGGCCGCGUGACCUGGUUCGGCACGUUUCGUGCACAUUGCGGUCUUUGAGGCGCCU